UGCCAACCAUACUCACCAGACAGUACCCCCACGCUUGCUCUACGUCAUCAACCUCAUGGACCUGAAGAAUCACCCGUGUGCAUUGCUUCGGAUACGGCAUCAGUGCAAAUUGCAAAGCCUUGCUUCUGCUGCCUAUUGUCUUUGAAGACGGUUCGAGACGCACUUGGAGAAGACACCUCUUUGCUGCUGGAAGCCCCUCGACUUUCUUUAAUAGCAGGCCUCUCACUAUCCGACGCGAUUGCAGAAAUAAAUGCCGGAAAGGACUGCACAAGCUGGCCUUCUUCUGUCCUACUGUGACCAUCAGACCCCUCUUUAUAGGAAUCUUUACCUUUUUUUCCUCCCCAUCUGGAGAGGGGCGAUGAAUGCAGCCACCAACCAAAUCAAAAUUUCAAACUCCGUAAAGCAGCCAAACCUCCUGAGAAUCACGAUCCACACCGAAAAUCAAAUUUUCGCAGUCGGCAGGAAUCAGCUACCAAUCCAGAAACACGAGCAGAAAUCGCAUGUUAAGGCUGCAGUUCGUGAGGAACCCACCAGCUGCCGAGAGCUUCUCUCUCUACCCCUCGCGGCCGACUUCAAUAUCUAUCUCUACUUCUUCUUCACCAUGAAUUUGUAGCGCAUGCAAAGUCAUUGAAACUCAAAUGGGUGCAUCACAAUCAACUUCUUCUUCCUCCACCACUACAACCACCCAUGAAGGAAAAUUCGACGUCUUCAUCAGUUUUCGAGGCGAGGACACACGUGACAACAUCAAAAGCCACCUCUAUCAAGCUCUCUCUCACCACCACAUCGAGACUUUCGUCGAUGACAAACUCGUUAGAGGAGACGAAAUCUCACCUGCCCUUUUGAAAGCCAUUGAAGAGUCGAAGAUAUCCGUAGUUGUUUUCUCCAAAGACUAUGCUUCCUCAAAAUGGUGCUUACGUGAGCUUGCAGAGAUCAUGAAAUACCAGAGACUCAACAUGCAGGUUGUCAUACCUGUUUUUUACCAUGUAAAUCCAUCCGACGUACGAAAACAAUCUGGUACCUUCAAGGACUCUUUUGCCAAGCAUAAUAAACAAGUAUCCAAACAGGAGGUGCAAUCAUGGAGAGAUGCUUUGACUGAAGCAGCCAAUCUAUCUGGAUGGGAUACUUCUGCUACUAAGCCUGAGGCUACACUUGUAGAGGAAAUUGUUAAGGAUGUUAUAAAGAAAUUGAAUGCUAUAUCACCCUUAUCAUGUGAUUUGAAUGGUUUAGUGGGGAUAGAUUCGCGUAUUAAGAAAGUUAAAUUAAUGUUGGGGAUAGGGGAGUUGGAUUUUCGAAUAGUGGGGAUUUGGGGUAUGGGGGGUAUAGGUAAAACUACUCUUGCGGACGCUGUUUUUGGCCAAGUUUGUACGGAGUUUGAAGGGUGUUGUUUUAUUGGAAAUGUGAGGGAAGAAUCGGAGAAGUGUGGUGGGCUAGCUCGUUUACAGGAGGAGUUUCUGUCGAAAUUGUUAGGUGGAGAGAAUAUGAAGUUUCGGACUCCCAAUGUGCCGGAAUUUGUUAGGCGUAGGCUUAAAAGUAUGAAGGUUUUGGUUGUUUUAGAUGAUAUGACUAAGUUGAAACAACUAGAAGUUUUGGCUGGGGGGAUCGAAGAAUUUGGUCCUGGAAGUAGGGUCGUUAUAACAUCUAGAGAUAAACAGUUGCUUUCUAAUUGUGGUUGUGGAUCCCGUGAUAUAUAUGAGGUCGAGGCAUUAAAUAACCAAAACGCCUUGCAGCUCUUUUGUAAACAUGCCUUCAACCAAGACCAUUCUCCUGAAGAACUUCUGGAGUUUGCUGAGAAGGUAGUAGAAUAUGCCAAAGGAAAUCCGCUAGUGCUUAAAGAGUUGGGUUCUUCCUUCUAUCAGAAGACUACACGGGAAUGUGAAAGUGCAGUGCAUAAGUUUAAAAGGAUUCCUAUUCCGGAAAUUCGUAAUCUGUUGAGAGUUAGUUAUGAUGGACUAGGUCCUGAGGAAAAGGAAAUAUUUCUUGACAUUGCGUUUUUCUUGAAAGGAAUGGAUAGGAAUUAUGUAACAAAAAUACUGGAUGACUGUUAUUCCUCUGCGCGAUUUGGAAUUAGUGUUCUUGUUGACAAGUCACUCAUAACUAUUUCAAAAACAAAUGAGAUAGAAAUGGAUGAUCUACUGCAAGAAAUGGGUUGGGAUAUAGUUUGUGAAGAAUCUUCCAGCUUUCCAGGCAAACGCAGCAGGUUGAACAAUCAUGAGGAUGUCCGGAACAUACUAAACAGAAACACUGGAACUGAUACAAUUAAAGGGAUAGUCCUAGAUAUGUCCGAAACAAAGGAUAUAGCUCUAAAUUCUGAAGCAUUUGAGAAAUUGUACAAUCUCAAGUUUCUCAAAUUCUACUAUCAAACUCAAUGUUCUGGACACUCUAUGUCUGCCUCCAAAGUGCAUGUUCCCCACAGCCUGAAUUAUCUUCCCGAUGAACUGAGGUCUCUCCACUGGCACGGCUAUCCUUUGAAGACAUUGCCAACAGAGUUUAGCCUAGAGUAUCUUGUUGAACUCAACCUCCCUUAUAGCAAUCUUGAACAACUAUGGGAAGAAGUUAAGGAUGCUCCAUGCCUAAAAUUGCUUACUCUUAGUCACUCUCAGAACCUGACUAGUCUCCCAGACCUUUCACAUUUGCCAUGCCUCGAGGUUAUGAACCUUGAAGAUUGCAGAAGCUUGUCUGAAAUCCCCAUAUCCAUUCAACAUCUUCACCACCUAAAUUUCCUCUGUCUAAAGGGCUGUGAAAGUCUUAGGAGCAUUCCAAGUAGCAUUUGUAGUUUGACAUCUCUGUUCCAUCUCGAUCUUUCUAAUUGCUCGAAACUGGAUAAGCUGCCAGAGAACUUGAGAGAUUUAGUAUGUUUGAAGUACCUGUUUCUAAAUCACUGCGGUCUGAAGGAAAUCCCUGAAGAUAUUGGUUGUUUAUCUUCGUUGGAACUUUUAGAGCUAUGCGGAAACAAAUUCGACAGUCUACCUACAAGCAUUGAGCAACUUUCUGAGUUGAGAAGGCUAUUGUUGAACAACUGCAGUAUGCUUCAAUCACUAACACUUCCAUCAGGUCUACAGUCUUUAGAAGCAAUGAAUUGCAAGCAACUCCAAUUAUUACCAGAUACAUCAGAAUUGUCAGGAGUAAUAACCAAACGCUUCAUUAAGGAAUAUGAAAGAGCAUUUCCUGUAAGCAUUUGUUUACCUGGAAGUGUUAUUCCUGAUUGGUUCAACCAUCAAAAAAUUGGAUCUUCAAUAAUGAUUCCACUGCCUACUGAUACUAGUAAGCUUGUAGGAUUUGCUUUAUGCACUGUUAUAGCAUUUGAGAACUAUAGUGAUGACGGUCGUGGUGUUCGUGUCAGCUUUAAAAGCCAUUAUAGUGAUACAACAGAUUUUUGUGGCUCAUUGACUGUCUGUGAUACCCAAAGGCAUAACCAUGCAAGAUCCAUGUACUCUGAUCAUGUCGUACAAGGGUAUUAUCCCUUCUCAAACGUCGCUGGGUUCCUCUCCGUUGAAUUCUGCCCUCAAAAUUUUGAUGGGCAGCCCUUAGAAGGUUGCAAAGUGAAAAAUUGUGCAGUAUGUCCAGUAUAUGCAGAAGAACCCAUAGAAACAAGGAGCUCAGAUGAGACUGACACCAGUGGAAGUGAAAGUGGCAGACUUGAUGUUGAAGAAAUGGAUCCACAUCCUAAGAUAACUGGUGAAAGCAAAUCAACCCUCUUGAUUGACGAAAAAGUUGAUCCUUUCUAUCAGUCUCUCUGUAAUAGAGUUGGCUGGUUCCUGAGUUUCAUUUUCUGUCUCUUUUGUGGAGUUUUUGUUUUCGGUUUGCUGGUGUUUCUCUUGCUUCAUCUGUCAACUCAUUGUGAAGUUUACCUGUCAUCUCAUGCACAAAAUAUGCGAAGUAGUUAGAAGAAUUUGAGUGCUAAAGUACUUGGAACAUAUCCCUUCUCUGUUGGCUCUGUUUCUUCCAUAAAUUUUCAUCUUAAAUCUAAAACAUGAGCUGCUGGGAGGAUAAUCUGACUGCAUAUAGUAAAAGGUGUGCUGUGCCUCGACUACCAAUGUUGCAGUUUUCAAUUGUGUGGCUCCGUCAAACCUGAUGUAUAUCAAUUUUCUGUUUCUUUUCACAACUAGGUGAUUACCUUCUUGGUCUGCUCUAUCAAAAGCUAUUUUUAUGAAUUCCAUACAUAAACUCAUUCUAUAUGAUAUGCUUUUGUGUAUAUGUGUAUAUAUUUACUUUUAUCUAACUGAUACCCUCAAUCUAAAAUAUAAAUGAUGAAAGAACUUCACUGAAAUUGUCUGGUUCAGACAUAUUUCAAUUAUUAUUGUCGCUGCUUUUGUUGCCGUGUUUAUAUCCUAUUGAACCAAGGUUGCAGAAGUUUAGCAAUAGUUGCUAUUUCAAGCAUUUGGUGACUAGUAGAAAAGUUAUGAGAUUUCUGGUUUAUGAAAAACUGUUAGCUUUGAAUCAAUACCAUAAAACCAUCAAACCAAGAAUAAGAAGGAGAGAAACGAAAACACUCCAGAUUUUUGCUGCUAUCUAUGUUCUACUUUUCCAUUGAUAUUUAUACAAAGUGCAUGGAGAAAUACAGCCACACAAUUUUACCAAAAACAUAAAAUAAGACACAGUCCUUAGGUGGGCAGAUUUCCUCAAAAUCUGGAACACCAUGCCUUUACACAAAACCUUACCAACUAAAGUAAGACAAACUGACUACAUCCAUCAGCAAAAGUACCUAGAAAAGUUUCACAUGUCAACAAAAACUAAUCAUCAACUUCUUGAUUAUUAUCUACCAUCCUGAUUCCUGAUGCUGUAUUUACUCUAUUAUCCUGGCUUUUUUUUGUGUGUGUUGUCAUAAUCAUUACCAUCUGUUUAAUCGUGAAGUUGAUUAUAUCAUCUGUUUAAAAUUUACCAUACCCUUUUGCUCUUUUGAUGUGCAACAUAAUGGCAGUGGGCCAGUGGCAUUGUUAACUUUAUUUCAUACGUCAAUGACUGGUUCAUUUCCUUCUUUGCAUUAACUGUAUAAUUGUAAUCUUGAUUGUUUUAUCCAGUUCUUGUCAACUUCAAGUCAAAGGAGGAAAAUUCACCCAAGUCAGUGAAGGAUGUACAGAUCGUGUGCGGAUGAUUCUGGUUUCUUUCUAGGGUUGACGGUCUUAUAUACCCCAAUGCUCUUCACAUUUAUGGACAUUUUGACUUGAGUAGUUUAGAACCAAAACCGCGACAGCUAUAUGCUCCAUGUGGAUAACAUCUACAUUGGAUUGGUAUUAUUUCAUUUACCAUCAAUUCAUAUAUUGUUUCUGCA